CCUUCUUCGCUUUCACGCGGAUCUCCACACUCCGCACCGCCAUCCGUCUCGCCGGAACCCUAGCCGCCGCCCGUCGCCGCCGACAGAUUUUACCCUUUGGCGCCGCUCCGGCGAGGCGAGCGGGCAGGCGGGAUGAGCAGCCACCGGAAGAAUUUCCGCCGCCGCACGGACGACUCGGAGGACGCCAACGGGGACGACUCCAGCAACGCCAGGCCCGCGGCCACCAAGGCCCAACCCCGUCCCGCCCCCAAGCCCCGGUCGCCGAGACGUCAGGGCGCGAGCCGCCUUAGCUUCGCCGACGACGAGGAUGAAGAUGAUGCCGAGGAGGGCCCUUUAUCGCAGCGCCGUCGCCCGGCUGCUACGGUCCGGCAGGCCCGCACCGCCUCGCCAGCUGCGGCGACGCUCCACCGCCUUACACCAGCCAGGGAACGGCUGAGGAGCUCGCCCGCCGUUGCUGCGGCGGUUCCCGCGCCGAAGCCGUCCAACUUCCAGUCGCAUGCUGGCGAGUACACGCCAGAGCGCCUCCGUGAGCUCCAGAAGAACGCCCGCCCGCUACCUGGGAGCCUCAUGAGGGCACCACCACCUCCUCCUCCAUCCGCUGAAGCCCCACGGCAACGGUUGGCUGGAGCUGCCGCCAGUCCUGUUCCUGCGACAAACACCACUGCCGCCGCUGUUGCUGUAGAGCCCAUGGUAGUUCUCAAAGGUCUGGUGAAACCAAUGUCACAGGCUAGCAUUGGACCAAGGAAUCCAUUGCCCAAUGAGGAAAAAGAUGAGGAUGAGUCAGAGGAGGAGGAGGAGGAGGAGGAGGAGGAGGAAGGGCCAGUCAUACCUGACCGGGCAACAAUUGAAGCCAUCCGAGCAAAGCGGCAGCAGCUUCAACAGCCGAGGCAUGCGGCCCCGGAUUACAUCUCCCUUGAUGGUGGUGGUGUGCUCAGCAGCCGUGAUGCUGCUGCGGGUUCCAGCGAUGAGGAGGAUGAUGAGACUCGGGGCCGUAUUGCAAUGUAUGCUGAGAAGUCAGAUAGCCAGAGGAGCACAAAAGGUGUAUUUGCUGCGAUCAAUAAUAGGGGUCCUGCUGCUAGUUUGGGGGUUAUCAAUGAUAGUUUCAGGGAGGUUGAGGAUGAUAAAGAUGAUGAUGAGGAUGAGGAAGAGAGGAGAUGGGAGGAGGAACAGUUCAGGAAGGGGCUUGGUAGGAGGGUGGAUGAUGCUUCUGCUCAGAGAGCAGCGAAUGGUGGACCAGCUCCUGUACAGGUUCAACCGCAACCAUCUGGAUACUCAGUGGAUCCUCGUUACCAGCCUUCAUUUACUGGAGUUUUGCCUGGGGCAUCUGUUUUUGCAUCUGGGAGCACAGAGUUCCUGUCAAUCGCUCAACAGGCUGAUGUAGCAAGCAAAGCCCUGAAGGAUAACAUCAGAAAGCUUAAGGAGACCCACAAGACAACAGUGGAUGCUUUAGUCAAGACUGAUACACAUCUUAGUGAAGCUCUUUCAGAAAUUUCUAACCUUGAGAGCGGUUUGCAAGAUGCAGAAAAGAAGUUUGUGUACAUGCAGGAGCUCCGAAAUUACAUUUCUGUCAUGUGUGAUUUCUUGAAUGAUAAGGCAUUCUAUAUAGAGGAGUUGGAGGAGCAUAUGCAGAAACUGCACGAGAAUCGAGUGACUGCUGUCUCAGAGAGGAGGGCAGCUGAUCUAGCUGAUGAGUCAAGUAUUAUCGAAACCGCGGUGAAUGCAGCAGUAUCUGUUCUUAGCAAAGGAUCGAGCUCAGCCUACCUAUCUGCUGCAUCAAAUGCUGCACAAGCGGCGGCUGCUGCUGCUAAGGAAAGUUCAAACAUGCUGCCUGAGCUGGAUGAGUUUGGCAGAGAUAUUAAUAUGCAGAAGCGAAUGGAUCUUAAGCGCAGGGAAGAAGACAGGAGGCGAAGAAAAAUUCGAUCUGAAUCAAAAAGACUGCCAUCUACAGGGAAGAGUGCAAAUGAUGAGCAUAUCGAAGGAGAGCUAAGUACUGAUGAGAGUGACAGUGAGAGCAGUGCUUAUCUGUCCAGCCGUGAUGAGCUGCUUAAGACUGCUGAUCUUGUAUUCAGUGAUGCUGCCGAGGAAUACUCAAGCCUUAGGAUUGUUAAGGACAAGUUUGAAGGAUGGAAAACUCAGUAUCCUUUGGCUUACCGAGAUGCUCAUGUGGCUCUGAGUGCACCAUCUGUUUUCACCCCUUAUGUGAGGCUGGAGCUGUUGAAGUGGGAUCCUCUCCAUGAAACAACUGAUUUCUUUGACAUGGGAUGGCACAAGAUUCUUUUUGAUUAUGGUGUGCAAAACAAUGAAAGUGCCACUGACCCUAAUGAUGCAGACAUGAACCUCAUUCCAGUAUUAGUAGAGAAGGUGGCUCUUCCUAUUUUGCACCAGCGUAUUAUGCACUGCUGGGAUAUUUUAAGCACCCAAAGAACCAAAAAUGCUGUAGAUGCAGUUAACAUGGCUAUUAGCUAUUUACCAACUUCAAGCAAGGCAUUGCAUCAACUACUGGCCACAGUCAACAGUCGUCUGACUGAGGCCAUUGCUGACAUUUCAGUACCAGCUUGGGGAUCAAUGGUGACAAGGGUUGUUCCAGGUGCUUCGCAGUAUGCUGCACAUAGAUUUGGAGUUGCGGUGCGUCUUCUUAAAAAUGUGUGUUUGUGGAAGGAUAUCUUUGCAAAACCUGUUUUAGAGAAGCUUGCUUUGGAAGACCUAUUGAGGGGAAAGAUUCUUCCUCAUAUGAAGAGCAUCAUUUUAGAUGUCCAUGAUGCAAUUGCUAGGGCCGAGCGGAUAUCUGCAUCACUUUCAGGCGUAUGGUCUUCACCAAGCCAAAAGUUGCAGCCUUUCAUAGAUCUCGUGGUAGAACUAGGAAACAAGUUGGAGAGGCGACACAUGUCAGGCAUAAGUGAGGAAGAAACACGUGGGCUGGCUCGUCGUUUGAAAAACAUAUUGGUAGAACUGAAUGAAUAUGAUAAGGCUAGGGCUAUUUUGAAGACUUUCCAGCUCAGAGAAGCUCUUUAGCUCUUACUUGGCAUAGCACAAGAAUUCCAGUUUUGACUGUGAUACAGGUUCUGAAUCCUUUUGCUUUAGGGAAAUGUUGUAGCUUCAGUUUAUCUUGUACAUUAAAUGAUCAUGGGUACCUGGUUCAA